GGGGAAGGGCCAGAUGAGUUUGAACCAUCCACCUCUGUGUUAUCAACACAGCACUCUCACCAAAUGAGCUAUGACCCUGAUUUAGAUGUCAAAAAUGGUUAUGAAAGCUGGGAGGAAAAGUUGAAAGAAAUUGAAUUUGAUAGUGUGGAUGCUUUUGAAAAUCAAAUGUUUGAUGCAAUUAGGAAUUCGAUUGACAAG